AAAAUUAACACACAGAACAAGAAGCCCAAAAUUCCAACACUCAACGGACAUGUCGUGCUCCGUCGCGGUGUCGAACUCGCCGGUAUUUUCACCGCCGCCGUCUCGGUUCUGCAACAAGACCUCCAUGAUCUCCCCACCUCCCGAAACCCUAAGCCUGGCGCACCUUAAACAACAGCCCUCGCAGCAAUCUUCGUCUUCGCCGAAUUCGGCUCCGCCGUCGCCGUUCCGUCUCCAGAUUCCGAAGUCUCUGAGUACGUUAUCGGCUUCAGUUGCUGGACCGUCGUCUCCGGUGACGCAAUUGAAGAGGAAGCGGCCGGCGAAGCUUUGCAUUCCGAUUGUAUCGACCGGAUUCGGGGCUGCUCCGGCGAUGCCGUGUGCGGCGGCGCGGAGAGAGCUGGUUGAGGAAGAUAGAGAAGGAUACUACUCUGUGUAUUGUAAGAAAGGGAGGAGAGAGGCUAUGGAGGAUCGGUACUCGGCCACUCUCAAUCUUCAAGGUGAUCCCAAACAGGCGUUUUUCGGUGUAUUUGAUGGGCAUGGAGGUGCAAAAGCUGCUGAAUUUGCGGCUCAGAACUUGGGAAAGAAUAUUUUAGAUGAAGUUGUGAGGAGGGAUGACUACGGUAAUUUUAAGGAAUCUGUCAAGCAUGGUUACAUGAAUACAGAUUCGGAUUUUCUCAAAGAGGAUUCCAGUGGUGGAUCGUGCUGUGUGACAGCUUUGAUCAGGAACGGAACCCUUGUUGUGUCCAAUGCUGGCGAUUGCCGCGCUGUAAUGAGCAGAGGAGGUGCUGCGGAGGCUCUCACAUAUGAUCAUCGACCGUCAAGAGAUGAUGAAAGGACCAGAAUUGAGAACUUGGGUGGCUAUGUUGAUAUGUGUCAUGGUACAUGGAGAAUUCAGGGAUGUCUAGCUGUAUCAAGAGGAAUUGGAGAUGGACACCUAAAAAAAUACGUAACAGCAGAGCCAGAGAGUCAAGUCCUUAGACUCAAACCAGAGCAUGAGUUCGUAAUCUUGGCUUCAGAUGGAUUAUGGGAUAAGGUUAGCAACCAAGAAGCAGUGGAUAUUCUUCGACCUUCAUGCUUAAGCAUUGAUCGCCAACAACCCCUAUUGGCAUGUAAAAAGUUGGUAGAUUUGUCUGUAUCACGAGGCUCCCACGAUGAUGUUAGUGUGAUGGUAGUCCAACUGGGGAGCUACAUAUGAUUUUUCAGCAUCAUUCAUCUGCUGGGAAAUUUUAGCAUCAAUCAGAUAUCUAACACAGGCUGACAGGAAGUGUAGGCGAGAAACUGCUAUGAUGACAGUUGGUAUAGGCAGAUUAAUGCUAAUUCGUUGAAUAUAGAGGCAUUUUAUUUUUUUAACACCCGUAGAAGGGAGAUUUAUUCAGCUUAUUAGUCUCGAAUUGAUUGUAUUCUUUUAUUCUUUAUACAUGACCUACAUUCAUUUAUUUGUUGAUUAACUUGAUUCUUUUGUAAUAAUUUUUUUAUCUCCUAUUGAAUGAGAAUACAUAGAAUGUCACAAAC